CCUUAAAAACGAGCGGACAUCCGCUAAUGAUACUUUUUUCCAACAAAUGAACGUAACAAUUUUGACCUACAACUUUAAACUAUCAUUGGAUUAAAAAAUGGAUUAACCGCUAUUCGCGCCAAUAGCUUGUACUUUUCCAAAUGUUGCCUUCGCAAGCGGAAUUAAAUCUGUAAACGAGAUUUCCUCCUCUUCAGAUAAAACGGACAUAAUAGUGAACGGACUUGUCUACAUCGGCAAAGGUCAAGCGAUUCUCCUUUAAUUCUUUGUCAAAAUAUUUUUUUCCACCUGAGAAAAAGUGUUUUUAAAGGUACGAGCUAAAAUGUCACAAGAAGAAGAAACGAGCAAUGAAAAGCCUAUUCUCACGAAAGUUUGAAAAACUUUAAGAGCUUGGAGGCUUAUAAAUGCUACGUUGCUGGUUGGGUGAAACAGGUCCUCGUACACGAAAAUUCGGCAGGAAUCUUGUGCUCGUGAAGAGCUACCGUCUGCUGGGGAUUCUGGACGUGCAGAAGACGCCGUGUGCCAGGGAGGCGGUCCUUCAAGGUGCCGGCGCCUCAUUGGCAGCUGGGCUCCUGCACUUUCUGGCCACCAGUCGCUUGAAAAGGUCCUUCCACGUGGGAGCGGGGGGAUUCGUGCUGGGCACACUUGCAUCCUGGUGCUACUGUCGUUGGAGCUACGCCAGGCUGCGAGCGCAGCAGAGGAUUUUUCGGCAAGGCAUCCAAAACCAGAUGAUCUAUCAGGGGACCGCUGCCGACCCGGCCAGUGCCGCUCAGUCGUCGCCCAACGUGAGUGCACGCUAACUUCCGGCGAGGACCGGGACUUUCAUUCGCUGCUUUUCAAUGGACACAUUAAAGAGGCUCUUCACUUCUUCCAACGUUUUCAAGCGAGUGUCAUUUCAUGUUUCUGCUGUGAAUUUCAAUGGAUUUAGCACGAGGAACAUCCAAUCCAUUUGACUUGAGAGGGUGGGCGUUCAUUUAUUCGCUGCGAUCGCUCCCACUUCCAACAGAUUGGACGUUUAUCGCCGUCAGUGGCAGCCACUGACUAAAUAGCAGAUGGUUUGACAUUGAUAAGAUCACAUUUUAAACGAGAAAUAAGCUAGUUAUGACUUGAUUUUAAUAUCAACGCAUUGCUUUUGAUAGGAAGGUCGCCCCUACCAACAUGGCUGACUCAAGGUUCCAUCUAUGUCAGCUACUGAGUGAAUAACAUGCUUUGACACUAAUAAAAUCAAAUUUUACAAUACAAAUAAGCUAGUUGUGACUUGAUUUUAAUGUCAACGCAUUAAUUAUGGUGGCGAUGUUGCCCCUACCAACAUGGCUGACCUGAGGCACAAUUAAUGCCAGCUAAUGAGUAAAUAACAGAUGCUUUGACAUUGAUGAAAUCAUCUUUUAAAAGAGAAAUUAGCUAGUUGUAACGUGAUUUUAAUGUCAACGCAUUGAUUUUGUGGGGAUCUUGCCCCUACCAACAUGGCUGACCUGAGGCCCCAUCAAUGGCAGCUACUGAGUAAAUAACAGAUGCUUUGACAUUGAUAAAAUCAUCUUUUAAAUGACACAAUAAUUAUGACUGGAUUUUAAUGUCAAUGCAAUGACUUUGACAGACAAUGAGUAAAUAGCAGAUGCUUUAACAUUGAUAAUGUAAGAUUUUAAUAGGGAAAUAAGCUAUUUAUGCCUUGAUAUUAAUGUCAAUGCAUUGGGGAAGAUUCCCCCUACCAAUAUGGCUGACCCUAGGCCCCAUCAAUGGCACCUAUUAAGUAAAUAACAGAUGUUUUGACAUUGAUGAAAUCAUAUUUUAAGAGAAAUAAGCUAGUUAUGACUUCAUUUUAAUGUCAACGUAUUGAUUUUGAUGGGGACGUUGCCCCUACCAACAUGGCUGACCUGAGGCCCCAUCAAUGGCAGACAAUGAGUAAAUUUAACAUUGAUAGUCAUAUUUUAAAAGCGAAAUAAGCUAGUUAUGACUUGACUUUUAAUGUCAACAUAUUGAUUUUGAUGGGGAUGUUGCCCCUACAAACAUGGCCGACCCAACAUCCCCAUCAAUGCCAGACAAUGAGUAAAUAGAUGCUUUAACAUGGAUAAAAUCACCUUUUAAAUGAGAAAUAAGCUAGUUAUGACUUGAUUUUCAGGUCAACGCAUUGACCUUGACAGGAAGGUCGCCCCUACUAACAUGGCUGACCUAAGACACAGUCAAUGGCAACUACUGAGAUGCUUUGACAUUUAUAUAAAACCAUCUUUUAAAAGAGAAAGUUAUGAGUUAAUGUCAACGCAUUGAUUUAGAUGGGAAAGUUGCCCCCACCAACAUGGCCGCCCUGAAGCCAUUUCGGUUGGGGCGAUGAAAGUUCUUGAACCUACUACUGUGAAUUUGAACGGGUUUUCACGAGUACACGUCCAAUCUUUUUGAAGCGGGAGGGUCGGCAGUGAAUGAACGUCCAUUCACUCGCUGCGAGACCUCCCUUUUCAAACGGAUUGGACCUCUAUUGCUGUCAAUGGCAGCCACAGAAGCUUUGACAUUAUUGAUUUGAGAAAUAAGCUAGUUAGGACUUUUCAAGUCAAUGACUUUAAUGGGAACGUCGCCACUGGGCGGCCAUUUUGGUAGGGGCAGAGAAAGAUCUUUUCAUACUUCUGUGAAUUUCAACGACUUUAUCACAAGUAGAUGUCCAAUCCAUUUGCGGUGGG